GUGCUCGGCGGCGUGCUCGGCGGCGUGCUCCAGCUGACUGCAGAAGCGGAUAUAAAUUGGUACAGCAAAAAAUGUCGACCGGACGGACUGCCUGGACAAACCUGUCCACAACUCAGAAGGUAGCCCUGGGCCUUGGGAUCCCAGCCAGUGCAACAAUUGUCUAUAUUCUAUACCGCAGGUAUAGAGAAAGCCGAGAGGAGCGGCUGACAUUUGUUGGGGAAGAUGACAUCGAGGUAGAGAUGCGGGUCCCCCAGGAGGCUGUGAAGCUGAUCAUUGGCCGGCAAGGAGCCAAUAUCAAACAGCUGCGGAAACAGACUGGCGCUCGGAUUGACGUGGACACGGAAGAUGUGGGUGAUGAGCGGGUGCUGCUCAUCAGCGGCUUUCCUGUUCAAGUGUGCAAGGCCAAGGCAGCCAUCCACCAGCUCCUGACAGAGAACACCCCGGUGUCUGAGCAGCUCUCCGUUCCCCAGAGAUCUGUGGGCAGAAUCAUAGGGAGAGGUGGUGAGACAAUUCGUUCCAUCUGUAAAGCUUCUGGAGCUAAAAUUACCUGUGACAAAGAAUCCGAGGGGACCUUACUACUAUCAAGACUUAUAAAAAUCUCAGGAACCCAAAAAGAAGUGGCAGCAGCCAAGCAUUUGAUACUAGAGAAAGUGUCAGAAGAUGAAGAACUUCGAAAGAGAAUUGCCCAUUCUACAGAAACCAGAGUCCCACGCAAGCAGCCGAUCAGUGUGAAAAGGGAGGAAGUGACAGAGCCAGGAGGACGUGGAGAGUUGGCUGUGUGGAAAAACACCAGUUCCAGCAUGGGACAGGCUGCACCCCUGGAGGUUUCUCCCCACAAAGGAGGUGGCGACAUGAGUGUUGAGCCAAAAGAGAGUUCCUGGGAGAAGCCUGUCGAUGACCAGGACCAGGACAGUCCAGAGAUGGCCAUGUUUCAAAUUCCUAGUCCCGACUUCAGUUUCCAUCCAGAUGAGUAUCUGGACGUCUAUGUCACGGCUACUGAACACCCUAACCACUUUUGGAUCCAAAUCCUUGGCUCCCGAAACAUGCAGUUGAAUAAGCUCAUCGAAGAGAUGACCCAGUAUUAUGACAAAAGCCCGCUUGAGGACUUGAAAGCAAAUGUGGGAGACAUCGUAGCAGCAACUUUGCCUCAAACCUCUCAGUGGUUUCGAGCCAGAGUCGCUGAGAUUAUGGAGAAUGGGAACUUGGACCUCUACUUUGUUGACUAUGGAGAUAAUGGAGAAUGUCCACUGUCGGAUGUCAGAGCUCUCAGGAGUGAUUUCCUGAGCCUGCCAUUCCAAGCAAUAGAGUGCAGUCUGGCAGGGGUCGCCCCCAUAGGUGAGCAGUGGGAGGAUGAGGCUAUGGAUGAGUUUGACAGACUCUCCUACUGCUGCGAGUGGAAGCCCCUGGUGGCCAAGAUUUCGAGCUAUGUCCAGACUGGGAUGUCAACCUGGCCAGAGAUUUACCUUUAUGACACUAGCGAUGGGAAGGAUAUUGACGUUGGGCUAGAGUUGAUUCGCAAAGGAUAUGCAGUUGAGGUUCCUGAAUACAUGGAUGACAACGAGGAAGACCCAGACAUGUUGAAGGAUGGGGCCACGGAGACAGACGCCUCUCUCGGGAGCAUGCCCACAGAGACCCAGAAGAACCCUGGAGAGGUGGCGCACACUCUCUCCUGCCUCAGCUUGUCAGAAGCCACCUCUAUGUCUGGUGAGGAUAACCUUGAAGAGGACUACUUGCUCUGAAGUCUGGGCUUCAGCUGGCACCACCGUCUGCUUUGCUUUGAUCUGGUUGUCUGCAGAGGAGUUUGUGAUAAGAGAUCCAGCAGUCUUUCCUGCAUUGCACAAGUGUUCUGGCUUGCUGUGGACCACGUUCAUUUUCUCCUCCUGUUGGACUACCAGAAAGAGUGGGGCAGAGGGGAGACAAAUCCCCUCCAUACUCCAUACUCCACUCCCUCAGUGAACACGGAUGCGUUGUUUCCGGGCUCUUCCAUCCCCCUGCCCAUUGUAAUGUGUUAACUGCAAGGCUGUGUCCUCGCCCAAGCUGGGAAGCAGCCAGGGUUUGCUCAUUUUAAGUGAUGAUUCUGCAGAGGUCUGACACCUCAUCAGGUGUCUCUGGUUAAGGGAAGUUUUUGAGUGGUAGGCUCAAAGCUGGGAACUCAACUGCAGGAGUCAGGAGGUAAAGGCAGCAGCAGUCAGCUCGAUUCUAUAGGAAAGCGUCAGGAAGUGGGAAAACUGCCUCCCAGCCCCAGCUGAUGUUAUUACUGGCAGGUUUUUGAAAUAGUGCUGACUAUUUCUGUGUAAGAUUUUAGUUGAGUAGGAGAGGAAACUCAGGAAAUAUUCUAAAUUGCUAGUGCAAUAUCUGUAUGUAUCCAGAGAGAAAGAACCUAUCUACUUCUGUUUAAAUCAUUUGGGGAAUCCUUUGCUAAAUAGUCCUCAAUA